GGAGAAAAAAAAAAAAACAACCCUCCGCGUGUUACGGGACGACAGUGCGGUAUCCUUAACGCGUUUCGCGGCGUCUUCCGGCGAUCGCGUCGUCGUCGAAGUGCGAAGAGGAAAUCGGUUUUCCUGUUCGCGGGUGUCCCGUCCCCGGACCCCCGGUGCGGUGCGCGCGAGUCCGUUCGGCCCGCGGGAAUUCCGGUGGUCUUUUUCCCGGUUCCGCGGUUCACGCUCUCCCCCCCUCCCCCCCUCCCGCCCCCACCCGCCACCCGGGCCCAUACGCUCCCGUCGUACCCCGGCAUGACGGCCGUGCCACCGCCGUUGAUGUCGUCGUUCCCGUCGUUCGUCGUGCGGCGGCCGGACUGAAAAGGGAUAGACCGCCCCGAGGAAGAACAGUCGAUAAAAAUAAUUAAAAGGGAAAACAGUCGACGGAAAGAUCACACGGCACGCGACAUGUGCACGGCGACCGGCGGAUUUCUGCGGUCCGGUAGCGCUCUGUUGUGGUUUUGUGUAUUCUUCGUAGUCAACUGCCGAGGCAAACUGGUGACGUACACGCAGAUGCCGGCGCCGCAAGAACCUCAUCGGGGCGACCACAUUCAGCCUGCCGCCACGGCCGAGGGUGGGAACGGUACGGACCAACUGUACCCGUUUUUCGAUUAUUACGUGCCCCGCAACAUCACCACCACGAUCGGGCAGAGCGCGUUCCUGCACUGCCGGGCGGAAAACCUGAACGACAAAUCGGUAUCGUGGAUGCGGAAGAGAGAUUUGCACAUUCUGACGGCGGGAGUGCUGACUUACACCAGUGACCAGAGAUUCCAAGUCAUCCACCCGGAUAACUCGGACAAUUGGACCUUGCUGAUUAAAUUUGCUCAACCGAGAGACGCCGGGAUCUAUGAAUGCCAAGUGAACACCGAGCCCAAAAUGAGUUUGGCGUUCCAGCUCAACGUUGUAGAAAUGAGGGCCAGGAUCUGUGGACCGCAGGAGCUAUACGUCAAGGAGGACAGCGAGGUGAGCAUGCGGUGCGAGCUCAGCCAGGGACCGCACGACCUGGGCACCAUUUUUUGGUACCUGGGCAACGUUCCCGUGUACACGGACCAGACGAGCCUGCAGUCGGUACGGCAGCCCCGGGUAAGCGUGCACACCGAGUGGGCGGACGGUCUCAAGAGCACGCUGCACAUAGCCCGCGCCAAGCUCACCGACUCCGGCAACUACACGUGCAUGCCCACUUUCGGACAAUCAGCCACCAUCAACGUGCACGUGGUCAACGGUGAACACCCGGCAGCCAUGCAGCACGGUAACCGGAGUGCGGUCAGUGGCCAGAUGACCGUACACGUGCUGGCCCUGUUCAGCCUCGUCAUAAUGAUGUCCAACCCGGUGCUGUUCGGCCACUGAGGAAAGUAAACGGCGGACGGGACGGCGGCCCCCCGGGGUUCCGGCCGGCGCCGUCUCUGUCCUUUAACCCUUCAUCCCGCGACGGCGCCGAUCUUAUUCGCCUUCGUCCUUCGCGUGGAGGCGUAUAACCGAUGGCGAACCACGACGUCCCUUCACUCUUCUCCGCAGUCGUCGUGCAGUCGUUCUCUGAACAACGAACAACAUCGGAAAAAAAGGAAGAAAAAACAAAAAAAUAAAAAAAAAAAACCCUUUGAAAACCGUCACGCGUGUACAUAAGCCAAAGUUUAUAUAUAUAUAUAUGUAUGUAUGUAUGUAUUAUAUUAUAUGAUAAUCAAUGUACGUACCACGUGUUGAGUCCUAGACGAUUUUCUCGGUCAGAAGGAUGUGUUUCAAUACAGUAGACGUGAUAUUGUAUGCAUUGUGUGAGCGCGCAUGGAAUGGCUUACGGUUCGGAAUGGUUUCAAAAAAAAAAAAAAAACCCGAAACGAUAACAAAAUAUCGAAUAAUUUUUCGGACGAUAUACUCUAUAUUACUCUAUGUAAGCAAAAUAGUUUCCGGGGACUCGGCCGCUCCAGCCGUCGUCUCUGUGAAUAAAUAUCGAAGCGGUACAUUCGUUCUAGUGGCUUACCGAUUGUACAUUAUUUUACUACGAGUAUAAAAUAUGUCUGUACGCGCACUGGAAAACGAAUAUAUUUUAUGUUUUUUUUUUUUUUCACUCGCAAACAUUAUUAUUUCUUCUUCAAUCCGUUUGAAUCGGAACGAAAACAUAUAUAUAUAUAUAUAUAUAUAUAUAUAUAUAUAUACAAUCACUCCAAACACACUGGAUCAAGGGUAAACUAAGGACUCGACCAUUUUUAUAUACAUUUUUUUUUUUUUUUUGUUACCAUACACAACGGGGAAUAAAUUCGUAUCGCGCCUAGAUAAUUUUUCGAAUUUAAACAUCAUCCACGCGCGAAUUAUACUCAACGCCGCCGCUACCUUCGCCAUGAAAGACGAACGUUUUGAACGCAAAUAUCGUAAGCCCGGGAACGGCGUUUAGAACAUGACGUGUAUCGUGUUCAAAAUGUAAACAGGUAAAGUAGCAUCCCUGUUGCGGUUUAUCGCGUCCACUGGUUCCGACAGAAUGCGUAGUACGACCCACGUUCUAGGGACGAUGUUCUCGCCGUAACGCGCCUGGGGAGUAAUUUUAUUAGCGCGCGAGUGUAGGUUUUAAAAAAAUUUAAAAAAAAAAAAAAAAACUUUUACGUUUUUACCAGAGGAACGAACGUUCACUAUUAAUACCGUCUACGCGAGACCCGGCGGUAAAACGAGGAAUAAUGUGACUACGAACGAAAUCCAAAGGUAGUGCAGAAGGACUUGCGCAGCAGGUGUACACGUUCGGUGUCGGUAAACGAUCAACCGAUUUUCACCGGGUCCGAAUUUAACUGCGUCGACCGUGGGAAACCGAGCAGCAGUAGAUGCGUAACGUAAUAGCCCGCGGAUAAAACACAAACCGUUUUUACGGCGACGCGAUUACACACCGUUGUACGACUGUAACGCGCGCGCCGGGUCGAUAAUAAUAUCGCGGGGACUCGCGUAAAUCGAACGCGCCGUACGCAUUACCUGCUUUCCGUUAAAUUGUAUAAUGCACCGUAUAACGUAUUACAGGGACCUAUUAAACCAUUGAAAUCCUUUACGGCAUUAUGUUAUUAGUCCGUUGUAUUAUAUCUGUACCGCGCCCACGCACGUGCCCGUCCGGUUAACGUGUACAUUUCCGUAUCCUUUCGUAAUGUUUAUUCGCACGCGCACGUAUCUAUACACGGAGAGACCUUCUGAUAGAUGUGCGCGCAUUAAAAUUUAAUGCACUGAAAGAAUUCGAUUUACGGUUGCAGUUCUAUAUACGUACACGGGUGUGCGGGUAUGAACAUGGAAGUAGGUUGCAGUCGGCUCAGCCGUAUAAAACCAACGACCGAAAGUCAAUUACCCGAUUGGUGAAUAGUAGUAUUGUCUGUCAAUGGUAAAAUAUUAUCUCACCCCCACCCCUACCGUCACUCGCCACUCACGCGCAUCUCUUCUUUUUUUUUUUCUCCCGAUACCGCUCAAUAAUAACGCGAACGUCAUCAUCGUAUCGUAUCCGCAGGACGACCGGAUAUCGUUUUCCGGAGACGUUUCGCGAAAACGCCUAUGCCGUAUUAUUAUUAUUAUUAUUAUCAUUAUUACACGACGACGUCGGUCUAGAAUACACGGUGACGACGACGUAAAGAUGCAUAGAUAUAUUAUACGACGUAUACCUGUCCACAACCGUUUGCGGUCAUCGCCGCGUAUCGUGAAAUGCCGAUGUCGAUUCCGCCGACAAAUGACCCCGUUCAUUUAUAAUAUUUCGAUUGUCACCGCGUCCGACGUUAUAUAUCAUCCCUCCGAACCCCGUGUACGUACAUCAUGUUGGCACGUGCGUUCUUGUCGUAAAUUUUCAUCUCGAGAUCGUCCCGCGCUCGGCCACUAAAGCAAUAGCAAUAACAGCGCUGUGCCGGAGAUCAGAAUAUUUGUUUUAAUCUACCGGUUUCUUUUCUUUUCUUUUCUUUUUUUUUUUCAAUAUGUUUUAUUUUUUCGUUCCGAACCACUGCAUGUUAACCGAAACGUUCUUAUUUAUUGGAUUUCGCGAGACGCAAAGUAAAAGAACUUCAUAAAAAUAAUGUCACAAUUCACAUUCCGGACGCUCCGCCCGCCGACCCACGGUCAACCGCAUCCGGCGACUUCCGACGGGACGGCCGUCGUUGCGGUCCACUCUCGGCAAACGGACGUAAUUUCUUCUUAAUCCCUCGGGCUGUUAACGAAUACGGAUUCCUCGUAAGUCCGCAUUAAGCCUGCAAAUUGAAAAUACCACCGCGUCCAGCGCGCGCUCUCGAACAAAGGCUGACUCGUCCGGAACCGACGAGACGAACAACCAGCGUACGCGAGUUGAAAGCUUCACGGCUCCGCGGCCGAUUUCACAUUUCCAUCGUGGUCGAUCACUCUCGUCAAACGUCCGGACGGUGCUGGACCGCCGUAAAGUAAACGCGCGACGGUAGCGAAAGAAUGCACACGAUAGGAAACCCGGUUAUGCAUGUUACCCGCAAAAAAAGUACACGUGCCGCCGUGGUCCGGUCAAAUGAAUACAAAUCAAAAAUAAAAGAAACAACGACGCAAACGAACGACAAUCGAUUGCAUUUACCUACGUCCGGUCAUUUACGUCUGAACCCGGCAUGCUUCGUAAUGGUCGGGUAAUUUCCAGUGGCAGAUCGCCAUCCCCGUCACUCUAAAACCGAGUUUCGAUCCUUUUCGUUUGUUCGACAUCUUUCGCUAGCGAUUUUUUCAGUAUUUUCCAACCUCGGCGUCCGCGCUGCUUUUAAUACUCACCCACAAAACCUAUUAUGCAAAUGUUUGUAUAAUUAUUCGUCCCCAAGACAUUCGACUUCUAAUUAUUUUAGUUAAUAAUCCGCUGCUAAAAAACUCUGCGCGAUAAUUACAACAAUUAUUCGUUUUACUACAACCGCUGAUAAUAAUAAGCCGUUAUCGCGGGUGUAAACGGAAAAAAAAAGUCGAAACUUAAAUUGCGAAGCGUCACAGUUUUCGCGAUCCCCCCGCGGCCGACGCUUUUAUGGACGCGACGAAAACGACGAUUCGUGCAAUCGUUAAAGCAAACUUCAACCAAAACGGAAGCGAAUCUAUUAGAAACCGAUAACUUCACCGUAGUUGUCCCCUCGAACGUCUCGUGUCGCAUGCUAAAAUCGUAAAACGAAAAAACGACAGCAACGAAAAGGUCGUUGGGGUCGCGUCGUGUCGUACGAACCUAAUACAUAUAUAUAUAAAUAUAUUUCAAAGACUAUCCGGUCAUAAUAAUAAUAAUAAUAAUUAAUAAUAGAAAUACGUGAGCUUCACAGAUCGGCGCGCGUUUCGUUUCUCGAAAACGAUGAUCCGAUACUAGUUUGCGCUUCGACGUGAAUACUUUCGAUAUUACGGUUUUAAUUCGAUCCGUUCAACAUACGACUUGUUCGUCUCGACGUCGGCUAAUCUAUUCCCGUCCAAACGACUAAAAAUGAAAGGCUGCAGGAUCCGCGCAUCGGUGCGAGACAUCAAACGCGCGUAGUCGUCGUACAGGUUCAUUUGACAAAUUAUUUGCGUUGGCGUGCGGCACACGAAAAGUAACGAACGGCCCGGGAACGACGCCGCGCGCAGUAGCUCGUCAGAACAUAAAAGUGAAUGACAAAUGCACGAGAAUCUAUUUAAUUUAAAUAUAUAUAUUUAUUCGACUAUACAUAUAUAUAUGAUGCGUAUUACCCGCAGUCAAAGAAACCGAGUUAAUGCGUUGGGAGGCAUAAUCACGGCAUGCGGUGCACGCCAGAGAUACCCAACGGAAAGAACUUGCGAACCGCGAAAAUCUUCGCCGGACCCUUUCCGGACGGCUGGCAAGGGGUCAACAAAACCGCCUACAACGGAAUCGCGGACCCACAAGAGCGCGGGAAUAGCCAUUACGGCAUUUACAGGGACACAAACGUUGUAGCCGCAAACGUUUAGUUAAUCUCGUUACAACACCAAGAAUGUUAAUAGCCAAACCGCACACGCAUGAUACUGCUCAGUGCGGGGAAGGGCCGGGGCUGAGUCCGUACCAAGCUCGAAGCCAAGAUCUACGGCACGGUCGAAAACACGCGAAAACAUUAGGUUCGCCGGGGCGGUGAGAAAAAUACAUUACGCACAAAGUGGUGGGCCGUCACGUUUCCCUUCAGUGCAGUCAUUUAUUACGAGGAAAAAUGCGGUAACGCAAAUAUUGGACGAGGGAGUGGGGGGGGGAGUUUAAUACUGUCCCGGAAUGUGUGUUUACAUUUUUAACGGAUCCUAUCGUGAUGAUCCGAAUGAUUCAUAACACGCAAUUUAUAGUAGUAUUUUCUAUUUUGUGAUUCUACGUCUAAGCAGCUGACUUCCAGUUUGAAAGUCUUGACACCCCUCCCCAAUUUUAGCAGUACCGCCUCGGACCUCACUCUGUAUAUUACAAUAAAUAUAGAAGAGUAAACGAGAGUAGGUUUUCAUUUUUUUUUUUUUUUUUUUUGCGCAAACAUUGAAAAAAAAAUAUAUAACGCUCAGCAAUUUCGGAUAAAACACACAUUCAUAUAAAUUAAAUGUCAUGAGUACCGCGGGUCCUACACAUUAGCAGUUUUCGAUGCGUAAAUCAUCACCAGCUUUUCGCAUUGGAAUCGAUCGCGGUACAACACUUCGCGUUCGCGUCGUUUUAUUUCCCCCCCCCCUCCCCCCCCGUAAAAUCCAAUCGAUACGUUCUCUCGGACGAACAACUCCGCCUGCGUUCUCGCGAUGAAACAUCCGUCCGUAUUAGCCUCCCCAAAAAUGAGCACGCGCAGGAUUCGCCGCGCGAAAGAAACCGUGCGCGCAAACAGUGAUCGCCCCGCGGAUAUUGACAACGGCACUAAUCGGCCGAAGGAAAUUUCACGCGUACGGCCGCAGCGGCCUCGGAAAUAUUGCAUUAUCGUCUCGUAACCGACGUGGAGAGCGUGUUGACGUCACGCCGAAAGUGCGCGGAGUUAACCCGUUCGGUAACCGUUUUUCGGGUAAGCGUUUUUUUUUUUUUUUUUUAAAGCUCGAGCCACUGGCGCGCACGUUCUCGCGAUAUUUCCCCGCUCGGAACGUCUACUUAAUACGCCCGCGCGCGAAACGGGCUUCCGCAACCGUUACAGGCUAAGAGGCUUAAUGACUCUUGAGGGACGUCGGCGACAAUUCCGGCACACACAUCUCUCACUUGUUCCGGUCAUUGAAAGGGACGCCGUCGUCGUCUCCCAAAACCGAUGAGCGCCGCAGACCGCGCGCGCGCCGUCAACACGAAUAUUCCGAACGCGAAACACUCGCCCGGGAGCAACCCACCACGACCGGAUCCGCACGCAUCGAUGUGCAUUACGCGUUUUCGAGACGGUACGCGGUGCGCUGUGCGCGAGGAAAUAAUGAAGAAGAAAAUAAAAACCGGAUCGAUCGAUUUCGGGUAUCGCGGAUUCGUUUCGCGGUGUGAAUAUACCAAUGUAUAUUUAUACGUGUGCGCGCGUCUGCGAGCAGUGCCGGCGCUAGGGGAGGACAAAUGGGACGUUUGUCCAGGGCCCCUUGAUUCUUAAUCAUCAUCUUAAUACCAUGAGCCCACUUAGACGUUUCACAUGAAAAAAUUAUAAAUCUAUAUGAUCAUCAGUUAUUUGAAAAAUUAUAUCUAAAUUUAGCCAUAGUACAAAUUACGAAGUAAAUCGUUAUCGAUACGACGUAAGCGUAAUAUUUUGACGGUACCCGUCGUGUAGGACGCCUACAAUAAAUAGUAAUAUAGAUUUUUUAUUUUCUCUGUAGUUAUUGUUUAAAAUUCGAAGAAAAACAGUAUUUUUUUUAAAAAAAUCCUGAUUUAAAGAAAAACCUAGAAUCUCGCCGUUCUCUGGCAACCUAAAGGCUAAUACCUAUGUCCAGGGCCCCGCAAUACCUAGCGCCGGCACUGUCUGUGAGUCUAUGGACGGUAUACAAACACGCGCGUUGUGCACAUAUUUUUGACCCUCCGAAGUUCAAAGGCCGUUCCGCGCGCUUUAUUGCCGACGGCGAUUAGUCUUCGUUGUCUUUCGAACCCGACGUCGAGAGACGACACCGCGUGCGCGACGACCGAUAGUGGGCGGACAAAAAUGAAAUACAAUUUCAGUACCGUCCGGACUCGCGUCCGCGGGAUGAAAACUUUUUGCGUGACACGAAAUGUCGACGGUUAGCGAAAGCGUAAACAUCGUGUUUUUCCUUUUUUCCCGCUCUCGGUUUUUUUUUUUUACUCGCGAGAUUUGUAUUAAUGUUUUCUCAGUGCGGUUCGAUAAAGUUAUACAACGUUUAUUUUCUAUUUCUUAUCGUUUAUUUUUUCGCCAUUUUUCUGUACGCCCCCGUGUCUUGCGUUUUCUACUCCUCUCGCUCGGUUUAUUCCAUUCAACUUAUUGUGUAUCGGUGACUGCGCAAAACAUUCGUAGAGUAAUAAUAAAAUAACAUUUUCGCCCCGUCUCGCGAGUGCAAACUGCACACAGCGUACAUGUACUUCGAGAACACCGUCUCGCUCGGAUCCGCCGUCCAGCGGCGACCAGUUUGUUGACUUUCCGAUUUCCACUGAACGUCGAAUCGAAUGGUUGCCAGUUAAUUCUCUCUGCGCUACGUACACCCGAAAACCUACUUUUAGAAACAAAAAAUUGAUUUCCUAUGGAAAAAUAAAAUAAAACAAAUUAUACGCGUAAAAGUUUGAUGAAGACUAUGUUUAGAAACUUUUGGGUAAAAAAUAAAAUAAAAAUACCAAAUGUUUACUGCGUUAUAUUUCUGAAAACCAAAUGUCCCUACCUUGCGAUAUACACCGUAGGGGGUGGUUCCCUUAUACAUAACAUACAACUCCGGAUCCGAACUACACGCGCGUUCCCGCACAGAUUCGCGGAACAUACCCGUAGGGUUUAUCGCUUAUAAUAUGUACAUAAUAUAUGCACACGUACACGUUUGUGUAUGUGUAUGUGUACCCAUGAACGUGCUCCGCUGAUACUGUAAAAUACGAUUUAUCUGAAUUUAUCGGCGAACAACGACGGCCGCCGGCGGUAGGGGUUGGACCUGCAACGUUUGCGAAACGUUACGUGUACGCUUUGCGAUGUUUAUACACAUUAUAACACUUAUAACACUGUAUGCGCUAGUCGAAAACGUUAAAAGAAACGAUUUUCUUCCCAAGCGUCGCGCCAUAACGCCGUUUGCACGGUGUAAUACGGUGCUUCGGGAUAACGAGAAACGUGAGAGCUGUUUUCACGGGAGCCAGGCGGAUUAUAUGUCGCCCCGAUCGAGUUGUUGUAACUAUGGAGUUUUCGUUGAACGAAUGCCCGACCAAAAAACUUUUAUUCCUUGUACAAUUUCGUUGUUUCUAUUGUUUUCGCGGUAAUAUAACGAAUUUUUAUGUACACGAAAAAACUACCGUCGUCGAAAACCAUACUCAGGGGCGUCUGGAGAUCCGGGAGAAUCGGAAUGUUAGAAUUAGAACGCUAACAUGUUACCUGCAGAAGGCUUUCAGCCGGCUCAAGAGCACCCCGUUCGCACCACUAGCGCAAAGCAUUUACCUAAUCGUAUUCGAAACGUAUCGGCACGACGAUGAAAAUGUAUUUCAACUUUAAAUCAUAGACGUAAAAUCUUUUCGACGCAAAAAAAACCACAUUUGUCAAAAUGUUCACCGCCAAAAAAAAAAAAAAAUAAAUAUUGGUAUAGAAUAUAAUGUAUCGGAAACGG